GCAGGGCAGCGGAAGGGCGGUGCCCCGGAGGGUCGGCAGCGGCGGGGCCGGAACCCGCGUCGGGGUCCCCGCGGACCGGGAGGGGCCGCUGCCGAGCCCCGAGCCGCGAGCCGCGAGCCUGAGGCCGGGGGACCGCACGCGCCCCUGUGCGCCUUUGCCCGCUUCCCGUGGACCGUCGGCUUUGGUUCGCUCGCCUUAGUUUUUGGAGGCGGAGGAAGGACGUGAAUAGAGCGUGGGGAACCGGGGGAGCUCGCUCUUCGCCGAAGACCCCCCCCCCCCGCGCCGUGCUCGAGCUUCCGCGGCGCCUGCGUGGGCGCGGGUUCGGGCCCCGACGCGAGCCGAGCGGCCGGUGGAGGAGCCGGCGGGGCCGCCCGGCUCCGGGUCCCCGAAGGGCCCUUGGCUGCCGCUGACGGGAAUCCUCCCCCGGGCCUUGGGCUUCGCUGCUCCGCCCCGGCGUCAGGACCGCCCCGGGGACCGCCGGCUUACCCCAGGCUUUAUCCACUUCACAGAGCUGUCGCUCGUUCAAGCGUCGUUCUCCAGAGGUCUCCCGUCGGCUCUACGAAGGCAGAAAACCUCAGAGGGACAAGAAAGGGGCUUCCAAGGUUAGUGUGAUCUUAACUCAAGCAAAGGUGGGAUAUCAUGGCUUCCAUCUGGGGUGGACACCGAGGGACAAUACACGAUUACCCGGGCUUCAGCCCAUCAGUGGAUGCUGAAGCCAUUCGCAAAGCAAUCAGAGGAAUUGGAACCGAAGAGAAAACGCUCAUCAGCAUUCUGACUGAAAGGACGAAUGCACAGCGCCAGCUGAUUGUUCGGGAAUAUCAAGCAGCAUAUGGGAAGGAACUGAAAGAUGAUUUGAAGGGUGAUCUCUCUGGCCACUUUAAGCAACUUAUGGUGGCCCUUGUGACUCCUCCAGCUGUGUUUGAUGCAAAACAGCUGAAGAAAUCCAUGAAGGGAGUUGGAACCAGUGAACAGGCACUGAUUGAAGUCUUAACCACCAGAACAAGCAGACAGAUGAAGGAGAUUGCCCAAGCCUACUACACAGUAUAUAAGAAGAGUCUUGGAGAUGAUAUUAGUUCUGAAACAUCUGGUGAUUUCCGGAAAGCUCUUUUGACUUUGGCAGAUGGCAGAAGAGAUGAAAGUCUGAAAGUGGAUGAGCAUCUGGCCAAAAAGGAUGCCCAGAUUCUCUAUAAUGCUGGGGAGAACAGAUGGGGCACAGAUGAAGAUAAGUUCACUGAGAUCCUGUGUUUAAGGAGCUAUCCUCACCUGAAACUAACAUUUGAUGAAUACAGAAAUAUUAGCCAGAAGGACAUUGAGGACAGCAUUAAAGGAGAAUUGUCUGGGCAUUUUGAAGACCUACUGCUGGCAAUAGUUCAUUGUGCCAGAAACAUGCCUGCCUUUUUGGCUGCAAGACUGCAUCAAGCUUUAAAGGGUGCUGGAACUGAUGAGUUUACUCUGAACCGAAUAAUGGUUUCCAGAUCAGAAAUUGACCUUUUGGACAUUCGAGCAGAGUUUAAGAAGCAUUAUGGCUAUUCCCUAUAUUCAGCAAUUAAAUCGGAUACUUCUGGAGACUAUGAACUCACGCUCUUAAAGAUCUGUGGGGGAGAUGACUGAGUCAAGAACAUAAUCUCCGAAGGUCACUGCUCCACAACGGGCCUUUCCAACAGUCUGCUUACUCCUUUCUCAGAGUUUAAAGUAAAAGCAAGUGUAAACAGCAAACUGUUUUCCUAAUGGAUGUUUUCAUCAUUCCAUAAUAACAACAAAAAGUGAUUAUAGUAGAGCAUCUCAGCAUCAUGUAGUAACUCAUAAAUGAAAUUUUUAAAUGUAUUAAGGAUCUGCUAAUAUGAUACAAAUUAUUUUUCUGCUUAGGAAGUGAGAAUCUUUGUAGAAUUCUAACACAUUAAAUUUGUAAUCAGAGUCAAUAAAAGUUUUGCUUUUAUGAAAGGAAAUUUGUCUUUGUUUUUAACAUAUGCCAACAUU